CGUCUUCUCACGGUACAACUAUAAUCAUUGGGUACAUCACCACAGGCAGACGACACUGCAUAUUUGACUGUACCUUGUUAUCCUCCUGUAUUGGCAUUGUUCGCACGGCUCGACGGAGUGUCGUGAACCUUUAUUCGGGGUUUUUUCCCACUUGCUUUAUGCUGAGUCGGAGACAUUGAUAUGCGGAAUACCACUAGAUCACUUGAAACCUCGGAAGAUACAGGUCACUACAGUCAACCGAAUUCUCAGACCAACACAGCUUCCCCUGACGCUGGCCGGGCUGUUAUACCACAUCCCGUGCCACCGCCGUCUCAGCCUCAUGGCUACGGUGAUUCCGGGCUAGAUACACAACCGCAGCUUCAUCCACAUCUCAUAUCAUCAUCAUCAUCAGCUCUAGCAUCGGAUAUGAUGCAAAGAGGGAACUCAGCAGCGCCCGAAGAACUGGGUCCUGUUUCGGGAUCGCCAAAUGUAGCUGCUAUGGCUGCGCAGGGCAUAAUAGGGCACGAUCCUGACGAAGCGAUCACAGAUGGACGAAAGGCGAAGCGGGAGUUGUCGCAGUCAAAGCGAGCCGCUCAGAACAGGGCUGCGCAGCGAGCGUUUCGACAAAGGAAAGAGCAUUACAUUAAAAAGCUCGAACAGCAGGUACGGGAACUGAAUGAAUUGGAAGCAACAUGCAAGGCCGUGCAGAACGAUAACUACCACCUCCGCGAGUAUAUAAUUCAACUACAAUCUCGCCUUUUGGAUCUCCAGGUGGAAUACCCACAGCCUCCACCCAAUGUGAACGUCGCUCCCCCGCCUUCGUCAGGUACCGGAAGGCAGCCACACAACGGUGCCCCGGCCGAGCCAGCAUCAAAUACCACUUCUGCUGGAACCCUGGCAGAUGUUGCAGCAGCUGUAGCUGGCCUGCGGGCCCGAGAACCGCCGAUAGUUGAAGGGAACCACGCAAGACCGACGUUUAAGAGCGAAAAUGCUGCCCCCUCACACCCUAACGAUGAAAUUCGAAGACAGCUUCAAGCAGAUGGGUUGCCAUCGCCCUCUUCAUUACGGACCUAGCGUGGACAAACAGAAGCGGAACCUGCAUGGAACCUUUCCUCCCCCGAUGACUCUAAUUAAUCUUAGGAGAGACCAAGCUAAGUCAAGAAGAGGAGUACGAGUUGUCCCA